AUGCCUGGGCGUGCCCAGGAGAAGCCUGAUGAUUGGUUCGAGACACGGAUGAGGCUACAAGACGAAUACUUUGAGAGUGAUCUCGCCCAUGCUGGUAUUAGCGACCAUUCCGACGACGACGACGACCCUGACGGAGUACUGGCCGAUGCUCGUUGGGAUAAGAUUGAUGCGUUGAUUUCUGCCAAUCCUGCCGAAGCUGUUAGGCGCUGGCGUCAACUCUGGGAGAAGCGGGCCCGCGGCGAAAAGAACAAAGACCUCAAAGAGUUGUCGGACCAUAUCGCGGGAUUUGCAGAGUUGGAAGAGUAUACGGGUCCCGACGACGUCAGUGGCACGGACGAAGUGGGACGGCGUAUGCGUACAUUCAGAGACCUCUACCGCGCGGGACUUUGUGAAGUCUGCACCCUCAUCGUUCAAGAGGACGACUUCUUCAAAGAAAGAGAGAAUUGGGUCCGCGAAAUCAUCAGAAUCGUGGGCGCUGUCAUACAAUGGGGAGGCACCAUUGAGACGGAGGAUCUCGGGAACUGGUCUGGUCUACCCGCCAUCAUCAAGCUUGCGCGCGCCACAUGCACGACUGCCUGGGCGAACCGCGAGCGUUUACUCCAGAAUGAAAGGAGCAACGCCUAUGGCUCACACAACCACUUGAGGAUGUCCGUGGCCCAGGUACUUUUCGAGAUCUUCCUCCUCACUGACGAGAAGGCGACCUACCGGACACAGGUAUGGAAGCUCAAGGUCGACGUACGCCGCUUGGCGUUCUAUGUAUGGAUUGUCGGCUCGCCGCCCAAUGAAUUGAAUCGAGCUAUACUCGGUCGCGACAUGAUUGUGCCGCCAGGCCUGGCCGACACUCUGCUCUCGAACGUAUUGACUACGUUCAUCGAGGACCCCGACGAUCCUCGCGAGAGGAAUCACGAUUCGAGGCUGGACGACUUUAUUCGCCAGGAGAUCUUGGAAGUCUAUGGAGCGGAGCAGUUCUUGACUCGCAUUAAUGCCUCACUCCGGGAAGCGCAGCUUGGUAUACGACUGGAGUCUAUUCUCAGUAGCCUCUCGGAAUUCGCUGUAUUCCCAUCCAUUACGCCACACCUUCAAACCUAUGGAACGUAUCUCGCCAUUCGCGAGGCGUGCAAUCGACAGGCUCUCCAGGGCACUCAGGAGAUAGACAACUGUCGCGUUCUGGCGAAUGCACUUUGGAUAUACCGGAGGACCUUCACACAUCAGCCUCCGUCGGAGAUCGCAUACAUUGUCAAGAACUGCAAUGUCAUAGAGCUCAUCGCUCGUUACGUGCGCCUGUACGCGUUAUUAGGCCACGAGAUGGCCACCACAGGGACUGACGCAUCGAAACCUCUACUCAUCGUCAUGAUGUACGGAAAUUUCGCAGUGGCGACCAAUAUGCGCAGCGGCAAGAAUACGCUGCGUAAAACGAUGCGCAACACUCUGCGUCAAGAUUGGUACCCGACGUUGCAUGUCUUGCAUUCGCAGCGUGACGAUAAACUUUGGCGUGGCAAAUACCGCAAACACCUGGCUGAUCUUACGGAGGUUUGGACGGCUCUCGGCACCGCCAUCGCGCUGGAGGAGGAGACCGAGAAGCGAGACUACGAACGCGAGCUCAAGAGAUGGUCGAUGGUUUGCGCAUGGAAGGAGUGCAAGUAUCACAACGAGAAACCUCCCACACCUCUUAACCAUUGCAAGGGCUGCCGCGAAGUUAAAUACUGCUCUCUCGCGUGCCAGAAAAAAGACUGGAGGGAAGGGGAGCAUAAGGCGCGCUGCCGUAAAAUUACGAGCUCGGCCUGA